AUGAAGCCAGCUCAGCUGCCUAUUUUCCAAAGGAAGCCCUUUAUAGCAGCUUGGAAUGCUCCGACAGAUCAUUGCUCAAUCAGAUAUCAUGUAAACAUUAACCUGAAAAUGUUCCAUGUGAUUGGAAGCCCGUUUGCCAAAGCAAGAGGACAGAAUGUGACUAUAUUUUAUGUCAAUAGGCUAGGAUAUUACCCAUGGUACACUUCACAGGAAAUCCCAGUCAAUGGGGGCCUACCUCAGAAUUUCAGCUUGCAAACACAUCUGGAAAAAGCUGGCCAGGACAUUAACUACUACAUUCCUGAUAAAGAUUUCACUGGAUUGGCAGUCAUCGACUGGGAACACUGGAGGCCACAAUGGGACCGCAACUGGAAUAGGAAGAAUAUUUACAGGAGACAGUCAAGGAGGCUGAUUUCCAAAAUGCAAGAGAAUGUUACAGCAAAUGUCAUUGAACAUUUAGCGAAGCUAUCCUUUGAACAAUGUGCUAAGGCUUUCAUGAAGGAGACGAUUGAGCUGGGAAUUAAAAGCAGACCCAAGGGCCUGUGGGGAUACUACUUAUAUCCAGACUGCCACAAUUAUAAUUUCCAUGACCAGAACUACACUGGCUCUUGUCCAGAAAGUGAAGUCUUGAGGAACAAUGAACUGUCGUGGCUGUGGAACAGCAGUAAAGCUCUUUAUCCUUCCAUUGGCAUUAAGAAAUCCCAUGGUAACAGUGAAAAUGUACUGCGCUUUUCACAAUUCAGGGUGAAUGAAUCUAUGAGGGUGUCUUUCAUGACUUCACAUCAUUAUGCCCUCCCAGUAUUUGUGUACACCCGACUAGAUUAUAGAGAUGAGCCUUUGCUAUUUCUGUCUACGCAAGAUCUUGUUAGCACUAUUGGAGAAAGUGCUGCUCUGGGAGCCGCAGGAAUUGUUAUUUGGGGAGACAUGAAUUUAACUUCAUCUGAGGUCAACUGUACAAAGGUGAAACAAUUCAUGGCUUCUGAGCUCGGUUUCUACAUCACCAAUGUAACCAAAGCAGCGGAGGUCUGCAGCUGGCAUCUUUGCCAGAACAAUGGGCGCUGCAUACGAAGAAACUGGAAAUCUUUGGACUACCUUCAUUUAAAUCCUCAUAACUUUCAAAUAGAAGCCUCAGAAGACCAGAAAUUUUCUGUGAGAGGGAAAGCUUCAUCAACUGACAUUCAAGAAAUGGAAGAAAAAUUCACUUGCCAUUGUUAUCAAGGCUUUGGAGGAGUUGACUGCAGGGAAGUGAGGCCUACAGCAAGGCAACCAGGGCACGCUGCCGACUUAGCUUUAUCCAGAGUAGUAGUUACAAUAAACUUGGCUUCCUUGAUCUUUUUAAUUACUCCGACUUCAGUUUUGACAAUCAAACCAUGCUGUGUUUCUCUUCAGGAUUUGUUACAUCUGAAGACUGAAGGACCUUAG